AAUCUUAAUUAAAUAAUUUACGUGAAAACAAGAUCCGAUUAUUAUUAAUAAAUAGAAUCUAUCAAACAUUAUCGACCGGAAAGAAAAUUAGCAAAAAUAUAGAGGGUAUAGCAUUUCCCCUAUAGAUAAGAUGACGUUGCUGACGUGUAUUUAUCAUGAUAAUCACACCAUUAUUAAAAUAGUAUAAUUAGAUAAAGUGUUAUGAAACUGAUUUGACUCAUAAUAACUAGAAGUACUCUAGUGCUAUAAAACAGGGUUCUUGUGAGCUGCGGUAGUGUAAUUCUUGUUGCUCUAAUUUACGCUCUACAUUACUGGGUUUUGUGUAUCAUAAUGAAAAAGAUGAUGAAGAGUGGUGUUUUGUUACUGUUUUUUGUAGGGUUGUUUGUGAUCCCUUCAAAAGUGAUUGCUGUUGGUCCACCUACUUGUCCCGCUGAUGUUGGUAGUGAAUGUAGUGAUUCUGAUGAUUGGGAGGGGGAGUUCUUUCCUGGCAUUCCAAAGAUUAAGUAUGAGGGGCCUUCUACUAAGAACCAUCUGGCAUUCAAAUGGUAUAAUGCCAAUGAAGAGAUUUUGGGGAAAACGAUGAAGGAUUGGAUGCGAUUCAGCGUUGCAUUUUGGCAUACGUUCCGUGGGACAGGAGGCGAUCCAUUUGGUUCAGCUACAAAAGUCUGGCCAUGGGAAGAUGGUACUAAUUCCAUAUCUAUGGCAAAGAGGAGAAUGAGAGCAAACUUUGAGUUCUUGGAGAAGCUUGGAGUAGACAGGUGGUGCUUCCAUGACAGAGAUAUUGCUCCUGAUGGUAAAACACUGGAGGAAUCCAACGCAAAUCUGGAUGAAGUUGUAGCCCUUGCAAAGGAGCUUCAGGGUACAAAUAUUCGUCCUCUGUGGGGCACAGCUCAGUUGUUCUUGCAUCCUCGCUAUAUGCAUGGUGCUGCUACAAGCCCUGAAUUGGGUGUAUAUGCAUAUGGUGCUGCCCAGGUUAAAAAAGCUAUGGAGGUCACACAUUAUUUGGGAGGAGAAAAUUUUGUUUUCUGGGGUGGUCGGGAGGGUUAUCAAUCCCUCUUGAAUACUGAUAUGGAAAAAGAGCUUAAUCAUAUGGCUAGAUUUUUUGAAGCUGCUGUUGCCUACAAGAAAAAAAUAGGAUUUAAUGGGACACUUCUUAUUGAACCAAAGCCCCAAGAACCUACCAAACACCAGUAUGACUGGGAUGCUGCAACUUCAGCGAAUUUCUUGCGCAAAUAUGGCCUUAUAGAUGACUUUAAACUGAACAUUGAGUGCAACCAUGCAACCCUUUCUGGUCACAGCUGCCACCAUGAGCUUGAAACUGCAAGGAUAAAUGGUUUGCUUGGAAACAUUGAUGCCAAUAGUGGCGAUCCUCAGACUGGUUGGGAUACAGAUCAAUUUUUGAUGGAUGUAGGUGAAGCUACGUUGGUUAUGCUCAGUGUUGUUAGAAAUGGAGGGUUGUCACCAGGAGGGUUCAAUUUUGAUGCCAAAUUGCGAAGAGAAAGCACAGAUGUUGAGGACUUAUUUAUUGCUCAUAUUGCUGGCAUGGAUACCCUGGCCCGUGGUUUGCGAAAUGUUGCAAAGAUUAUUGAGGAUGGCUCUUUGCCUGACCUUGUUCGUAAGAGAUAUCAGAGCUUUGACAAUGAAGUUGGAGCUCAGAUAGAGGCGGGAAAAGCUGAUUUUGAGUAUCUUCAGCGAAAGGUCCUGGAGUGGGGAGAACCCAAAGUUCCUUCUGCCAAGCAGGAACUAGCUGAAAUGAUUUUCCAGUCUGCUCUGUAGAAAUAUGAGGAAAUUUCGCUGCCAUCAGCAUGAGUCAUAGUGCUUAGUAAUAAUGUACGAUGCUUAGAUAUCAGAAACUUUGGCAGUUAGUAAUAAUGUAUGAUGCUUAGAUAUCAGAAACUUUGGCAGUCGGUCGGACAAUGUGGUUUUCUCGGUCAAGUAAAUAUUUUGAAUUAUAAUAAAAAAAAUGGAUGUUAAUUUA